GACGUCAUCAGUCGGUGGGCGGAAAAGCGGCUGUGUUUGGGGGGGACUGGAGAUAACGCAGAACCGGUGUUUUUCAGGAGAACCGGAGGAGGGGGGCGAACGUCGAGGUUCGUCUGCGCCUGAAACAUGGCGCUUCCCGCCGGGCAGACAGGCCUGCAGCCGAACAGAGGCGCCCCGAGCGGCCACAGCGUUCCCUGCGAAAACAACAUUGACAUCGACGAGAAAGAGUUGGAAAACAUCACAAAGAAGCACCGCGAGGACGACGCGACGGCGCUGCCGCUGCACUCUCCCUGGACGUUUUGGCUGGACAGGUCGUUACCGGGGACGACGGCAGCGGAGUGCGAAUCCAACCUGAAGAAGAUCUACACGGUGCAGACCGUUCAGACGUUCUGGAGCGUCUACAACAACAUCCCUCCGGUCACCGCCCUGCCGCUGAGGUGCAGCUACCAUCUGAUGCGCGGGGAGCGCAGGCCGCUGUGGGAGGAGGAGAGUAAUGCAAGAGGAGGAGUGUGGAAGAUGAAGAUCCCUAAAGAAAGCAGCGCCGCCGUGUGGAAGGAGUUGUUGCUCGCCACCAUCGGGGAGCAGUUUGCAGAUUACUGCGCCAUUGACGACGAGGUCGUCGGCGUGAGCGUCAGCGUUCGAGAUCGGGAGGAUGUCGUACAGAUUUGGAACAGCGAGGCGUCGCUCGCCAACGAAGCAAAUAUCCUGGGGAAAGUCUAUGAGCUGCUGCCGUCCAUAUCCUUUAAAGCAGUUUUUUAUAAAUCUCACAUGGAGCAUCACGCCUUUGAAGGAGGACGCUCGCGGCAUUAGACUUUUUUUUUUCCUUCUUUUAAUCUGAACUUUUCAUCUGCCUUGAUGUAAAAGGCAAAUUAGUCAAAAUACAUUAUUUUUACUUUCUCACAAUGAAAUGUUACCAAUAUAUUUUUGUAGUUUUGAAGGACCGACACCUGGUUUGGUCCCGACGUGCGCCUGAGCUUCUGCACCCCCCCCCCCCCCCUCACCCCCACCACGGAGGACGCACAUUUUUACCUGCUGAAGGUGUUGAGGGCAUCAGGAUCCUGUCAGCCUCUGGGGCACUGAAGCACUUUGCUGCUGUUGUCUAAUAGUUUUAUUUUUAACAAUGAACUGUGUAAAGCUGCCUUAAAUUCAUGUGGAAAUCCAGCCACCUUUUUAGCCAGAAUGUAGAGGAUCCUGUCUUGUUGUCUGCAGUCUGCGCUGCAUGCAGGAGAUCCGGCACAUUUCCCUGCACAGCGUGUGCCGCUCUCCCUGUCAUUCGUGUCGCAGCAUGUUUCUUCUCAAGUGAAUUUGCUCACACAGACUGUGUGCUCGGCUUUUAGAGGAACAUUCAGGGGGGGGGGUCACCCUUUUGGGAGUUCUUAAACCCCGUUAAUGAUGUUCCUGUGUGGGCUAAACUCCAACCCUCUGGUGUUUUGUGUCGCACCAAUUUCCUAGUUCUAACUUCUUAGACUUAAUGAGAAAUGGUCUUUUGUAAACACGAUUUGUGUCUUCAGUGACGUGUACAAAUUCAAACUGAAAAUAAAGUUACAGGUUUUGCUUUUA